AUGUGCACUCAUGGCAGGUACAAGUCCAAGCUGCAGUGCGCGACGGACUAUUCUGCAGGCCUGACAGUGGAGCAGAAAUGUGAGCUGGCUGAGCGGGAGCUGUCUGAGACGAAGGAUGAGAUUCAGAGGAUGAAGGAGGACUCGGAGCAGACCUUGCAGUACCUCGAGGCAGUCAUUGAAGAAGCAGACAUUUGGUGCGCUGAUGUGCAGAAAGCCAUCAGUGACUUUGAGAAAGACAUCGUCAGCACCAUAUCCAGCAAGAAAGGGAGUAUCAGAGCUUCCGAUAAGCUGCUGAGAUACAUGGAGGAGAAGAACUGCCAGCGGGAUCUGCUGAGACAGAAGUUGCGCUUCAAAAACUCUUUGCUCAAGGGUGACAAGAAGAAGCUACAGCAGCAGCUCAAGCAGAAGGAGCAGAUGGGAGAGACAUUCCUUGAGUUCCGUCUGCAGCAGCUGCAGGUUAGAAAUGCCCAGUACCAGCAGAAGAUUGCUGAGAAGAACCAGGAGCUGCUGCAGCUAAAACUGACCUCAGAGAAGACUGUCCACGUCCUCAACUUCUAUAAAACGAAGCUGCAGGACUCCAUGGCAACGUCCGCGUCUCUGAUGAAAGACAUCUCCCAGAGGAAGGAGCUGCUGGAGAAAACUGAAAGAGAAGCUGUUCUGGUGGAGGAGCAACGAGCCGAAGCUGAGGGUGUGGAUUGGCAGCUGCAGAAGCAACUCUCAGACUACAGCGUUCCCCCUGUGCUGAGUUACGUGUGGAAGAAGAUGGCUGUUACUGACCUCGAAAAGAGCCUGAAGGCUUGGGAGAGGAAGGUGGCCAUUGCCGAGAUGUCCUUGCAAAGCUACCGCAGAGCAUGGAAACAGGUCGUGAUGUCUGGUAAGCAGCACUAG